AUGGCCAACAUUUCACCAAACCCGGCCCGCAAUGAGUUCUUUCAACAGCUCAAACCCUGCUGCGUGUCCAUAAGCCGGAUAGCGAUUGAUCCACCAAAGGGAGCCACAGCAAUUCGCCAUCUUGUCGACCUGAUCGAAGAGCUUCACGGCAUUAUCAGUUCCCAAAUCAACCGUGAUGCCUCCGUCUUUGACGACAAGCUGGCCGAUUAUGUCUUUUUUCCCCUGUCCCACGUCUUCAGAAAUCAGGAGGGCUAUCCUGCCCGUCUCUUGGAGGCUGCCCUCAGGUGUCUUACCGCCAUCACUGUUCACGGCUGGAAGGGCAGCAUCUCACCCCAGAUCGUCGAGCAGCUUCUCAUCCUGCUGACUUUUAUUGUUGGGGGGGCACCUGGACAGAACGACCAGCGUAACUCUCCAGAAGAGACGACACUGGAAGCUCUUAGGGCGCUGACAGCCUUGAUUACAGCGGCAGGCUCUUCUGCCGCAGCCGCCGCGUCUCUCGUCGAUGCCAAAACCAUCCCGGCACUGGGACAUGGCGUCACGGUAGUCAUCGACAGUGUAGCCAGCGGAAGAACGCCGGAAAUACAGCUGGAAUCAUUGCGAGCGCUCCAGGCGGUAUUCCGUAGCAUCAAAGACCACGCUGCGCUGGCCACUCUGUUACCGGGUGUCGUCUCGGCCCUCACCAAGCUGCUGUCCAUGCCAGCCCACGAGAAGACGCGGGUACUCGCGGCAGCCAUCACGACCUUGAGGCUAGUCCUUGUUGCCGUUCUCGGGUGA